CGCAGGAGCUCGAGCGUUUGCCUUCACACACGUCCAUGCGAUCACUUUUUGCUCGGACGCCUAAAUUUAGACUUUUUUAAGAUUUAAAGUAUAAAAAAGUCAUACAGAGAUAUAAAAGUUUACGUUUUUGUUUUUACUCAAAGGAUUAUGUUGUUGUAAAAUAUGUAGGAGAAUUGUUUUUUUUUGUAUUGGGUUCAGAGUGAAAGAUCUUCGACUUUGAUUAAUCGGAAAAAUCGUUAAAAAGCCAGUAUUUGUCUGGAUAACGAUCACCUUCAAAUACACAGAGAGGGAUGACGGGAUCUGCUGUGAUCUGGUAGAGGGGGUUUGAUCAGCAGAAUUUGGACUUUCUGGUGCGGUUGGUGGGGUCUGGUAUGCUGGCGGUGUCGUGGCUGGUGGGUUGUGUGGUGCUGGUGGCCCUGGGGGCCCCGGUGACCGGGUUCGACGCGGAGGCAUGCAGGAACUCGUCGGUGUCGUUGAACGUGGUGCUGCUGGAGGAUGAAGAUUCGCUGUGGAGCUUAAAGUACGUCAGGUUUGCCGUGCAAAAAGCCAUCGAGGAGGAAAACCUGAUUAAUAACCGCACAGGCCUAAACUUCACGAUCAAGAGCAACUUCCGAGGGUUUAACACCACCUAUUACAGGCGCAAAGGGUGCGGGAGCAGCACGUGUGAAGGAGUGGAGAUCCUCAAAUCACUACACAACACCAGUGAGGUGGGCUGUGCAAUGCUCGGACCAUCAUGUACAUAUGCCACGUUCCAGCUGGUGGAUCAGGAGGUGGGUUUGACCCUGACCAUCCCCGUCAUAUCUGCAGGGAGUUUCGGCCUGUCCUGUGACGGCAAGGAAAAGCUGACUCGCCUCCUGCCUCCGGCCCGGAAAGUCUCGAGCUUCUUCGUUAACUUCUGGAACCUGGAGUCCCGACUCAAACCCAAACGCUGGAGUACAGCUUACGUCUACAAACAACAGAGCAUCUCUGAGGAGUGCUUUUGGUACAUUAACGCGCUGGAAGCAGCCACGGCCGAGUUUUCCAUGCACAUCAACAGAAAGGUGUUGCGCAGUCAAAAGCAAGUCGAGUGUGCAUUGAAGGACAAAAACAGACACAGCAACAUUUUCAUUCUGUGUGGAGGUCCGGAUGACAUCGUCUCCAUUAAAAACGAGACGACCGUGAACAAGGACAUCGCCUUCAUCCUCAUCGACAUUUUUAAUCAUGGAUAUCACAUCAACACCUCAUCGUUCGACUUCAUGAGGGACGUCCUGGUGCUGACUAUGCACAGCAUCCGCAACUACAGUCUGCCUGAAUGGCCCUACAACUCCACCACUCUGAAUGAUUAUGUCGCAGGUUAUUAUGACGGCGUGGUUCUCUUUAGUCAAGUCAUGAGGGAGAUGUUACUGCAGAGUCAGGGUAUGGGCUCAGGAAACAUCUCCGUCAACAUCUCCAGCGAGAGCCCCUUCCGAAACCUGUCCUUUGAGGGAUUGGGUGGUCGCUAUGAUCUGGAUGAAAAUGGUGACAGAAAUGUGAAAUUUUCACUGAUGUACACAACCAGCACGAAUCAGUAUAAGACAUUGUUUGUGUUUGACACCUCCAACAACAAGACCACGCUGAACCACAGUAACCCUGACCUGCCCUGGGCGGGGUCCCGCCUGCCCGACGACAAACCUGCUAACGGCCUGGAGACUCAUGAUAUCAUAAUGAUUGUGCUUGGAAUCAGUGUUGGACUUGCCACCGCUAUUGCUUUGAUCUUCUACAGACAGAACAGGAAACAACGGUACAAUCAGAAGAAAUGGUCUCAUAUAAGCUCUGAUCUCAUCACACCUCUGGACAACAAAGAGCCAAACUACAUCUGUCUCAAAAUUGAUGAGGAUAAGAGGAGAGACAGCAUGUAUCAGAUCCGGAGAGGACGCUACGACAAAAAGCCUGUUAUUCUGAAGGAAUUGAGGCAUUCCGAUGGAAACUUUGUGGAGGAACAGCGCAUUGAACUCAACUCUCUGCUGAGGAUCGAUUACUACAACCUCACCAAGUUCUACGGCACAGUAAAGUACGAGUACGGAGUGUAUGGCGUGUUCGAGUACUGCGAGAGAGGUUCUCUGAGGUACGUCCUCAACGAUAAGAUCUCAUACCCAGAAGAAAGCUUUAUGGACCUGGAGUUUAAAAUCUCAGUCAUGUACGACAUCGCAAAGGGCAUGUCUUACCUGCACACCAGUAAUAUAGAGAUGCACGGGAGGCUCAAAUCCACCAACUGCGUAGUGGACAAUCGCAUGGUGGUGAAAAUCACAGACUUUGGCUGUAACACCAUUCUAACCCCAGGGAAAGACCUGUGGACCGCUCCUGAACACUUGCGGGUGCUGGGGAUCUCUCAGAAAGGAGACGUCUACAGUUUCGCUAUAAUCGCUCACGAGAUCAUUCUGAGACAAUGUCCUUUCUACACGGAGAGCUGCUCUGAUGUGGCAGAGAAACUCUACCGGGUUCAGUGUCCGGGUGGACCCACUGUCUUCAGACCCGACCUCAACUUUGAGACUGCUGGAGAAAGAGAAGUGGAGCUCUAUGUGCUGAUUAAAAACUGCUGGGAAGAGGAUCCUGAAAAAAGGCCGGACUUUAAGAAGAUAGAGAUCUCUUUGGGGAAGAUCUUUAGUAACCUGCAUGACCAGGCCAACGCCAGCUACAUGGACAAUCUGAUCCGACGUCUGCAGAUGUACUCGCGCAACCUGGAGCAUCUGGUGGAGGAAAGAACAGCUUUGUACAAGGCAGAGAGAGAUCGAGCUGACCAGCUCAACUUCAUGCUGCUGCCUGGGCCUGUGGUGCGCUCCCUGAAGGAGACGGGUUGCGUGGAGCCGGAGUUGUUUGACGAGGUCACCAUUUACUUCAGCGACAUUGUGGGUUUCACCACCCUGUGCCACUACAGCACGCCCAUGGAGGUGGUGGACAUGCUGAACGACAUGUACAAAAACUUCGACAGCAUCCUCGACAGCCAUGAUGUCUAUAAGGUGGAGACUAUAGGUGAUGCGUAUAUGGUGGCGUCGGGUUUGCCACGCCGGAACGGGAACAGGCACGCGGUGGACAUCUGUCACAUGGCUUUGGAUAUUUUGGAGUUCAUGGGAACAUUUCAGCUCCGGCACCUCCCCGGAAUCCCGCUGUGGAUCCGUAUCGGCGUCCAUUCAGGACCCUGUGCAGCAGGUGUGGUGGGGAAUAAAAUGCCUCGUUACUGCUUAUUCGGAGACACGGUGAACACUGCGUCUCGAAUGGAGUCAACAGGACUACCUCUGAGGAUCCACGUGAGCCAGUCCACCAUUAACAUCCUGCAGAGGACAGACUGUCAGUUCGAGUACGAGGCGAGAGGAGAGACGUUCCUCAAGGGGAAGGGAAAGGAGAUGACGUACUGGCUGAAAGGUGUAACAGGACAGAAGUACAACCUGCCCAGUCCUCCAACAGCAGAGAACUUCCAGCGUCUGCAGCAGGACCUGGCCGAUCUGAUCGUCUCCACGCUCGCCAAACGAGGGAACGAGAUUAGGAAGACUCUCUCGACACGCCAACGCCGGAGCCAGAGACACGGCAGCAAUGGAUUCCCAGAGUACCUGCACCUGACUGACCCCAGCACUUACCUGUAGCUUUCGCUCACAC